GUUGCUAUCAAGAUCAUAGAUAAGUCCCAGCUGGAUGAAGAGAAUUUGAAGAAGAUUUUCCGGGAAGUGCAGAUCAUGAAGAUGCUGUGCCACCCUCACAUCAUCCGGCUCUACCAGGUUAUGGAGACAGAGCGGAUGAUUUAUCUGGUGACAGAAUAUGCGAGUGGAGGGGAGAUAUUUGACCACCUGGUGGCCCACGGGAGAAUGGCGGAAAAGGAAGCCCGUCGGAAGUUCAAGCAGAUCGUCACGGCCGUGUAUUUCUGUCACUGUCGAAACAUUGUUCAUCGUGAUUUGAAAGCCGAAAAUUUGCUUCUGGAUGCCAAUCUUAAUAUCAAAAUAGCAGAUUUUGGCUUCAGUAACCUCUUCACUCCUGGGCAGCUGCUGAAGACCUGGUGUGGCAGUCCUCCGUAUGCUGCCCCGGAACUCUUUGAAGGAAAGGAGUAUGAUGGGCCUAAAGUGGACAUCUGGAGCCUCGGCGUUGUCCUGUACGUGCUUGUGUGCGGCGCCCUGCCGUUUGACGGGAGCACACUGCAGAACCUGCGGGCCCGCGUGCUGAGUGGCAAGUUCCGCAUCCCGUUUUUCAUGUCCACAGAAUGCGAACACUUGAUCCGCCACAUGCUGGUGUUAGACCCGAAUAAGCGCCUCUCGAUGGAGCAGAUCUGCCGGCACAAGUGGAUGAAGCUAGGCGAUGCCGAUCCCAACUUUGACAGGUUAAUAGCUGAAUGCCAACAACUGAAGGAAGAAAGACAGACAGAUCCCCUGAAUGAAGAUGUCCUCUUGGCCAUGGAAGACAUGGGACUAGACAAAGAGCGUACACUACAGUCAUUAAGAUCAGAUGCCUAUGAUCACUAUAGUGCAAUCUACAGCCUGCUGUGUGAUCGACAUAAGAGACAUAAAACCCUGCGUCUCGGAGCACUUCCUAGCAUGCCCCGAGCCAUGGCAUUUCAAGCACCAGUCAAUAUCCAGGCGGAGCAGGCUGGAACGGCUAUGAACAUAAGUGUUCCCCAGGUGCAGCUGAUCAACCCAGAGAACCAGAUUGUGGAGCCGGAUGGGACAUUGAACUUGGACAGUGAUGAGGGUGAAGAGCCCUCUCCUGAAGCCUUGGUCCGUUACUUGUCAAUGAGGAGGCACACAGUGGGUGUGGCUGACCCACGCACGGAAGUUAUGGAAGAUCUGCAGAAGCUCUUGCCUGGCUUCCCCGGAGUCAGCCCACAGGCCCCGUUCCUGCAGGUGGCCCCUAACAUGAAUUUGAUGCACAACUUGUUGCCCAUGCAGAACUUGCAGCCAACCGGGCAGCUGGAGUACAAGGAGCAGUCUCUGUUACAGCCGCCCACUCUGCAGCUGCUGAAUGGAAUGGGCCCCCUUGGCCGGAGGGCAUCAGAUGGAGGAGCCAACAUCCAGCUGCAUGCCCAGCAACUGCUGAAGCGCCCACGGGGACCCUCCCCGCUUGUCACCAUGACACCAGCAGUGCCAGCAGUUACCCCUGUGGACGAGGAGAGCUCGGAUGGGGAGCCAGAUCAGGAAGCUGUGCAGAGGUACUUGGCAAAUAGGUCCAAAAGACAUACACUGGCCAUGACCAACCCUACAGCUGAGAUCCCACCGGACCUACAGCGGCAGCUAGGACAGCAGCCUUUCCGUUCCCGGGUCUGGCCCCCUCACCUGGUACCUGAUCAGCAUCGCUCCACCUACAAGGACUCCAACACCCUGCACCUCCCUACGGAGCGUUUCUCCCCCGUGCGCCGGUUCUCAGAUGGGGCUGCAAGCAUCCAGGCCUUCAAAGCUCACUUGGAAAAAAUGGGCAACAACAGCAGCAUCAAACAGUUGCAGCAGGAGUGUGAGCAGUUGCAGAAGAUGUACGGGGGGCAGAUUGAUGAAAGAACCCUGGAGAAGACCCAGCAGCAGCAUAUGCUAUACCAGCAGGAACAGCACCAUCAAAUUCUCCAGCAGCAGAUUCAAGACUCUAUCUGUCCUCCUCAGCCUUCCCCACCUCUUCAGGCUGCGUGUGAAAAUCAGCCAGCCCUCCUCACCCACCAGCUCCAGAGGUUAAGGAUUCAGCCUUCAAGCCCACCCCCCAACCACCCCAACAACCAUCUCUUCAGGCAGCCAAGUAACAGCCCUCCCCCUAUGAACAGUGCCAUGAUCCAGUCUCACGGUGAGUGGAGAGGGCCAGACGGAGCCGUGUGUGCCACACAAGGUGCUGCAGCUCCCUCCCAGUUUCAAGGCUUACCCUCCCGCAGUGCAAUCUUCCAGCAGCAGCCUGAGAACUGUUCUCCUCCUCCCAACGUGGCACUCACCUGCUUGGGCAUCCAGCAGCCUACCCAGUCACAGCAGGUGACCAUCCAAGUACAAGAGCCAGUUGACCUGCUCAAUAACAUGCCAGGGACAGCUGCGAGCUCUACCGGGCGGGGCAUCUCCAUGAGCCCCAGUGCCAAUCAGAUUCAGAUGCAGCACCGAUCCAACCUGAUGGCCACCUUCAGCUAUGGGCACCGGCCCUUGUCCAAGCAGCUCAGUGCUGACAGCGCGGAGGCCCAUAGCUUGAACAUGAAUCGGUUCUCCCCUGCUAACUACGACCAGCCGCAUUUGCACCCCCAUCUGUUUUCGGACCAGUCCCGGGCUUCCCCCAGCAGCUACAGCCCUUCACCAGGAGUGGGGUUCCCUCCAGCCCAAGCCCUGAAAGUCCCUCCACUUGACCAGCUCCCUGCCUUCCCUCCCAGUGCACAUCAGCAGCCACCACACUAUACCACAUCGGCACUACAGCAGGCCCUGCUGUCCCCCACACCGCCAGACUAUACCAGACACCAGCAGGUACCCCAUAUCCUUCAAGGACUUCUCUCUCCCCGGCAUUCACUCACUGGCCACUCGGACAUUCGGCUGCCUCCAGCAGAGUUUGCACAGCUUAUUAAAAGGCAGCAGCAGCAACGACAACAGCAGCAGCAACAACAGCAAGAGUACCAAGACUUGUUCAGGCACAUGAACCAAGGGGAUGCUGGGAGCCUGGCCCCCAACCUUGGGGGACAGAGUAUGACAGAGCACCAGGCUUUAUCCUAUCAAAAUGCUGACUCAUAUCACCACCACCACACCAGCCCCCAGCAUCUUCUGCAAAUCAGGGCGCAAGAAUGUAUCUCACAGGUGUCCUCACCUGCCGCAACCCAUGGGUAUGCUCCUCAGCCGGCACUCAUGCCCUCAGAGAGCAUGGAGGAGGACUGCUUGUGUGAGGGGGCCAAGGAGGGCUUUCUGGACAGCAAGAGUUCAAGUUCGUUGACCAAAGGUUGCCACGACAGCCCUCUACUCUUGAGUACAGGUGGACCUGGGGAUCCUGAAUCUUUGCUAGGAACUGUGAGUCAUGCCCAAGAAUUGGGAUUACAUCCCUAUGGACAUCAGUCAACUGCUGCGUUCAAUAGGAAUAAGGUGCCCAGCCGAGAGUCUGUCAUAGGGAACUGCAUGGAUAGAAGUUCUCCGGGACAAGCAAUGGAACUGCCAGACCACAAUGGACUUGGGUACUCAGCACGGCCCUCAGUCAAUGAGCACCACAGGCCCCGCACCCUCCAGAGACACCACACGAUCCAGAACAGUGAUGAUGCUUACGUACAGCUGGAUAACUUGCCAGGAAUGAGUCUCGUGGCUGGGAAAGCACUUAGCUCCGCCCGGAUGUCAGAUGCAGUUCUCAGUCAGUCUUCACUCAUGGGCAGCCAGCAGUUUCAGGAGGGGGAAAAUGAGGAAUGUGGGGUGAGUCUGGGAGGUCACGAGCACCCAGACCUGAAUGACGGCAGCCAGCAUUUAAACUCCUCUUGCUAUCCGUCUACGUGUAUUACAGACAUUCUGCUCAGCUACAAGCACCCCGAGGUUUCCUUCAGCAUGGAGCAGGCAGGCGUGUAGCAGGAAACAGAGGCUGUGUACAACUUGGGAAUGAGAAGGUUGAUUUUAAACCAACAGUAUCUAGCAGCAUUGCGCCAAACUGCCGUUGUGUUUCUCUCCACCCAGAAUACCAUGGCCAUUGCGUCACCUGACUCAUCAGUGUGUUCUUUGGGGUUCCGAAGGGGCCUGCUGUGUUUGCUUGUAUGACCAAGUCACCAAGGAAAUAAACAGGAAAUCCGUGUUCUCCAUCUGUUGUGAAAGUGUGUUUGGUGUAUUUGAGUUGGUGGGUGUUUUUGUUUGGUUGUUGGUUUUUGGGUUUGUGCCCUCUUUUGCUUUGUUUUGUUUUCUCCUCCAUCCCUUCCUCCCUCCCUUCAUUCCUCCUUUCUUUUGUGCGUGUGUAUGUCUAUGGGUUUCUUCCCUUUUCUUCCUUCUUUCUUUUUUCUUUCUUUCUGUUUUUGAGAUGAUAAGCCAGCAGUUAAGAGUUCAGAGGCCGGGGCCUCAGCCCACUCCCCGCUUCAGCCCUGCUCAUCAGAGCGCCCUCUGUUCCUCUGCCUGCUCCUCCAUGGGUACAAACAGAAGAGAACAUCUCUGCGACCUCGGUGGCAGAACAAAGGGGAGGAGCAGAGGUGAUGGUGUCUGGUCCUUAGCAAAAGAGAGAGGAGAGACAGAGACCGAGAUUACCCCAAGCCUGGAACCUGGAGGUCUUCUCUACUGCUGGGAUCCAUCAAAACACUUGUGGCCCAGCAUAGAGGUUGACGGUGGCCUGGCUCCAACAGGCUGCCAGCUAGGUCUCAGCUUGAGCCUCUUCAGCAUAUAAUUCAGCUCCCCUCCAGCAACCUGCAGAGUUGGUUGCCUUUGCCGUCCUGCUGGUUUACCCCUGGGCUGAAAGCCAGCAGUGCUGUACUGUGCUUUUUGUGUCACCUUUCAUUCUCAUUUUCCACUGUGCUCUGCAGAGGAUGUUUUGACACGUAUGCCUUUCCCUGCAACCUUUUUGUCACAAGCAAGAGGAACAGGAGGUUGCAGUGGGUCCUGUCUCUCUCAACUUCCUCCUCCCUGAGCAUCCGCAGCCCCUUUAAUUCUCCAUUAUGUAGGGAUUGUUUUUGGUGAAUGUCGAUAUUAUUGUUAUUAUUAUUAAAGACAAAAGGAAUUUUUGUUUAAAAGAGAGUAUUUAAUCAGAUUCUGUUCUAUUUGAAUUGUGACUUGCACCUUUUGUUCAGAGCAUUUUCUUCAGGCGUUGUAACUGUGAGCCGCUCUUUCUUGUGCCAGUGACAGAUGCAGUGGUCCCUUCCCCCAGCUGAAGCAGCGCAUACGCAAUAGCUCUUGUUUAUCCCAUUACCUUUAUUUCUCUUCACUGUUAGAAACCAAAGUCUUCUCUGCUGGCUGGGGGCUGACAGAGGAUCUGAGUUAUCUCCUUCUGAUCUUCAAAACCAGAGAGAGACGUUACCUGUACUAACUCUUGACCCUUUUUUCUGGGAAAGGAGAGUGAAAGGUCCCUCGCCGCCUCGUACUCUUUCGUCCUGAAUUUGCACAGAAGAAAGCGGGUGUCCAGUGGGGCCAUCCUGACGUUGCUGGCCGGAUUCCUAUGCAGGUUGUCCUCCACUGAAACCAGCAGCUCAGCUGCAGCGCCCACUGUCCCUCAAGUGCAUUUCUGCAAUGCAAGAACUGUUCUGGUGAUCUGCCCCAUUUCUACGGCCCCCACCUCCCCUCCCCUUGGUGGGGUCGCCAGCUACUCACUAGAAGGGAGCUUACUAACGGAGUAAGCCCUAGAAGCUGUUGUUGGCUCCCUGGACCUGUUCCAGCUCUGAUGUCCCGACUUGCCGUUCUGCUUCCUCACACUCAGCUUGAUCUGUUUACAUGGAACUGACUUACUGAAGAGCAGAUUGCCACCCCCCAGCAACCGCGCAGAUGAACGCCAGUGAGCCUACUAACCGUGCCAUCUUGCAAACUACUCUUCUAAAGACGUUGCUUUGUAUUGUAGUAGCCGACAUCCGCAAUAUAUGUUGAAUGUAUAUGAAUAUACUUUCCUAUUUCUGUUCUUGGAAAAUGUCAGAAGUAUUUUUUCUUUCUCAUUUAUGUUGAACUAAAGGAUUUUACAAAAUCUCCAGACUCAAAGUUGCUAAGACCUUUUGUCCUUGUUUGUGUGGGGCACUUAUAACUUAGUAACUUGGCUGGACAGUAGGAGGUUGUGAAAAUAAAAUCUGAUUAUGUUCUCAUGCU